AUGGAAUUACUUGUAGAUCAAACUGUAAAAGUUGUUGGAAAUGAUGAGGAGGAACAGUAUGAUGAUGAAAAAUGGAAAAAGGAAAAACGGAUAAAUUCACAUAAACCUUUUCUGAGUGUUCAUAGAGCUGGCAUGAUGAUUUUGACUUGCAUUUCGAUUUUGGCUGUUGAUUUUCCUGCGUUUCCGAGACGUUUUGCUAAAGUUGAGACAUUUGGUACUUCAUUGAUGGAUCUUGGUGUUGGAUCAUUCGUCUUUUCGGCGGGUAUUGUGGCCGCGAAACCAUUUCUAAAGAAACCCGAGAAUCGGUUUAAACCACUCAGCGGACAACUAAUCCGCGUUUUUCGACAAUCGAUACCAAUCUUAACAUUAGGUUUUAUACGAUUUUUUAUGAUAAAAGGAGUAAAUUAUCAGGAACAUGUGACCGAAUAUGGAGUACAUUGGAAUUUUUUCUUUACAUUAGGAUUUCUGCCGAUUUUCGUCACGCUUUGUCGUACUCUCCAAAAGUAUACUAGAUUCUCGGUAGUUGGAUUAGGAAUCGGCCUAAUAUAUCAAUAUCUUUUAUCUAAAUUUGGACUUCAGAAUUAUAUUCAAUACGCGUCGCGUACAAAUCUAAUUAGUGCGAAUAAAGAAGGCAUAUGUAGUUUCUUUGGUUAUCUUGCGAUCUUUCUGAUCGCUCUCGACACCGGUCACUACAUACUACCCACCGAUCCAUACUACGCAUUCCGCGAAAACCGACAAAACAAAAAACCGAAACCGAAAAAACUCGCCAUGAUCUUAUUCUCGUGGUCUUGUCUCUGGUGGCUAGCAUUCAUGGUGACAAUGCUGUUACGAGUAGACAUAUCACGCCAGAUGGCAAAUUUACCGUAUAUCCUCUGGGUGACUGCUUUUAACACAACAUUUUUGUUGUUGUUUCAACUGGUCGAAUUGUAUUUCUUUCCAAAUUAUUGGAAAACGGGGGCUAAAACUUUGCCGCAAGUGGUGGAGGCUGUUAAUACGAAUGGAUUGGCGGUGUUUUUGCUGGCAAAUCUUUUAACUGGAUUAGUUAAUAUUAGUUUUAGAACACUUUACACAUCGGAUUUUGUAGCUGAAUUGAUUCUUUCUGUUUAUCUUUUUGUUAUUUCAUUGACAAUGUCGACUUCUAUUGAUUACAGAAAGAUUAAAGAAUUCGCUGCGCGUUAUCCUAAACCUGAUGGCGUGUCUUUUGUUUAUGGAACGGCUGGUUUUCGCACAAAGGCAGAACUCUUGGAUUCGGUUAUCUUUCGUGUCGGUAUUUUAGGUGCGCUACGUUCAAAGAAACUCGAUUCGAAAACUAUCGGUAUCAUGAUAACUGCCUCGCAUAAUCCGGAAGAAGAUAAUGGUGUCAAGCUUGUGGAUCCAUACGGCGAAAUGCUCGAACAAAAAUGGGAGAUAUAUGCAACUCAAUUGGCAAAUGCAUCUAAUGCUGACGUGCUAGUAAAUGUUGUUAAAGAUAUCGUAGCCGUAAAUGAUAUUGAUCCUACGAAAAAGGCCACGGUGGUAUAUGCUCGCGAUACAAGACCAAGCGGAGUAAGCCUGAUAGAAGCUCUUGAACAUGGGUUGACGGCAGUUGACGCCAAUUUAGUGAACUUUGGAAUAAAGACUACACCUCAACUUCAUUACGUCGCUCGAUGUUAUAAUACUCUAGGUGCCGAGAACUCGUAUGGUGAGCCAACCGAGGAAGGUUAUUACAAAAAACUUGCGAUUGCCUACCGUAAGAUUGUGGAAGGUUUACCACGUCUUCCUAAAAUCAAAGUAGAUUCAGCGAACGGUGUAGGUGCACCAAAACUGAGAGAACUCGCAAAAUUUAUCGGAGAAGAUAUUCUUGAUGUCAAAAUUAUCAAUGAUGAUAUUAAUACAAGAGGAAAAUUGAAUUAUCAAUGCGGGGCAGACUUUGUAAAAACUCAACAAAGGGUUCCACUUGGCUUAGUUUUGCCAGCUGAACAGCGAGCUGCUUCAUUCGAUGGUGAUGCUGAUCGAAUCGUUUAUUACUAUAACGAUUCGGACGGUACAUUUAAACUUUUGGAUGGCGACAAGAUCGCUAGUUUAGCUGCGGGUUUUAUCAUAGAAUUGAUAAAAGUAGCAGGUCUUGAAGGGAUCAAUAUCGGUGUUGUCCAAACAGCAUAUGCUAACGGAAGCUCUACAAAUUAUCUCACAAAAGUUUUGGGAGUUCCCGUAUCUUGCGUUUCUACAGGGGUAAAACAUCUUCAUCAUGAAGCUGAAAAGUAUGAUGUGGGUGUAUAUUUUGAAGCUAACGGUCAUGGGACUGUUCUAUUUAGUCCAAAAGCACAAGCCGUAAUUCGUAAAGCAGAAGGAAAAACUCCUGAAAAUGUCAGUGCCAUAGAGAAAUUACGUGCUUUGAUCUCUCUAAUUAAUCAAACAGUCGGUGAUGCACUUUCUGACUUGUUACUUGUCGAAGCAAUUCUCACGUAUCGACAAUGGACUCCUAAACAAUGGGAUCUAGCAUACACCGAUCUGCCAAAUCGUUUGGUUAAAGUUGUGGUUUCAAAUCGGCACAUUUUUAAAACGACUGAUGCCGAAAGGAAACUAGUUGAACCCAAAGGACUACAAGAAAAGAUUGACCGAUUAGUGCAACAAUAUAAAGGCGGUCGAUCUUUUGUGCGUCCAUCUGGCACUGAAGAUGUCGUUAGGGUAUAUGCAGAAGCAGCCACUCGCCAUGAAUGCGACGAGCUUGCAUUCAAAGUUAGUGGACUCGUGUAUGACGAAGCAGGUGGUAUUGGCGGACGACCAAAAGAAACUAUGGAUUCCUUGAAACUUCGACCUGAUAGUGGUAAUCGUCUACACACCACUUCUGCCUUUGACUUUCAAAGCUCCAGUUUAAGUGUCGCGGCAAAGACCAUGCAAAGAGAGUUAAAUAAGCUUAUCGGUCAAACUGAUGUGCAGAAUCGUCGUGCUUUUAAAAAUGAAAUGGAUAACUUUUACUAUUUGUUUACUCGAUAUUUGGGUGAGCAUAAAGGCUCCAAACUUGACUGGGAUAAAGUAAAGGAGCCAAGUCCGGAACAAAUCAUUCCGUACGAUUCUCUACUUGAAAUCGAUAACGGGGAACAUCUCAGUAAAUUGGCCGUCCUGAAACUGAAUGGUGGACUUGGCACAACCAUGGGAUGUGUUGGUCCAAAAAGUGCUAUUGCAGUGAGAAAUGGAAUGACGUUCUUGGAUUUAAGUGUUAGGCAGAUCGAGUUUCUCAAUUCAAAGUAUAGUGUUGAUGUACCAUUUAUACUUAUGAAUUCUUUCAACACUGAUGAAGAAACCAAGCGCAUCAUUCAAAAAUACGAAGCACAUAAAAUUAACAUUAUGACCUUUAACCAAUCCCGGUAUCCUCGGAUCAACAAAGAAUCAUUGCAACCUACGCCUCGUUCCCCCAAUUCGGACAUUAGUCAAUGGUACCCACCAGGUCACGGAGACUUGUUCGAUUCCUUGUAUAACUCUGGCACAUUGGACAAAUUGCUUGCCGAAGGCAAAGAGUAUCUUUUUGUAUCGAACGUGGAUAAUUUGGGAGCUGUAGUCGAUCCAAGAAUACUUCAACACAUGGUAGACAGUAACGCAGAGUUCAUUAUGGAAGUAACUGAUAAGACAAAGGCCGAUAUCAAAGGGGGUACUCUGAUCAACUAUGAUGGAAUAGUGAGACUACUUGAAGUGGCACAAGUUCCACCGGAACACGUUCAAGAAUUCAAAUCCAUUAAAAAAUUCAGAAUUUUCAACACAAACAAUCUAUGGAUGAAUUUAAAGGCAAUCAAACGUGUGAUCGAGGAUCGAGAACUCGCUCUUGAAGUUAUCGUCAACGAGAAAACAAUCGAGACUGGUGAAAUAGUAAUUCAAUUAGAAACUGCUGUUGGUGCCGCCAUCAAACAUUUCAAGAACGCACAUGGUGUCAAUGUUAAAAGGAGUCGUUUCUUACCUGUAAAGUCCACCUCGGAUCUUUUCCUUGUUACGUCAGACUUAUAUUCAUUGAAUCACGGUGAGCUUGUGAUGAAUCCUAAACGUUUGUUCCAAACGGUUCCAUUAGUGAAAUUGGGAGACGAAUUUAAAAAGGUUGCCAAUUUCUUAUCACGAUUUCAAUCCAUUCCAUAUAUUCUCGAGCUUGAUCACUUAACAGUCACUGGAGAUGUUACUUUUGGUGCUGGUGUCCAGCUAAAAGGCACGGUUAUCAUUGUGGCAAAUCAAGGUGCCAGAAUCGAUAUUCCACCCGGUUCUAUUUUGGAGAAUAAAGAAGACAUUAAACCUGGGCUAAAAGUAAUAAAAAGGAUAAACGGGAUAAAAGAAUUGUCGUCUUCCGAACUUCGAGUGUCAUCGAUUCCAACCGCCUACCGUAAUCGCAUUCUAACUUCUGACGUUAAUGGUAAUCAACCCACCACACGUUCCACUGCUAAUAAAAAUCAUAACAUAGAAAUAAUAGAUAUACCACAAACUGCAUCCCGCGAAAAUACGACAGCAAAAUAUCAGGAAAAAUACGGCAUCACAUUUUACCUAUCAUACCUUGCAAGAUGGCCUGAUCUUUUCUGCGUGCAAGAAUCACCGAACGGCACAUUAAUGGGCUACGUCAUGGGAAAAGCUGAAGGACGAGGUAAAGAAUGGCAUGGACACGUGACAGCUAUCACAGUUGCUCCCGAGUACCGACGAAUAGGUCUUGCGGAAGGAAUGAUGCAGUUACUAGAAACCGUAUACAAAGGAUACUUUGUGGAUCUGUUUGUACGCGUUUCUAAUUCGGUAGCAAUACAAAUGUACAAGAAGUUCGGAUAUACUGUAUAUCGACGUGUUUUAGGAUACUAUUAUUCGUCGGGUGAUAAUGAGGAGGAUGCGUUUGAUAUGCGAAAACCAUUAUCACGAGAUACUGAUCAUCAGAGUAUUGUGACGAAUGGUGAAAACAAAAAAGUGAGACCGGAGGAUUUGUGA